AUGAAUAAUCACGUCCGAGAGGAAGUGGAGCAAACAAUUCAACGCUCUACCCUUUCCAUCUCAAGGUCAUUCCCAAAUCCGAUUGAUCCAUCUGAAUCCAGACCAUUUAAGCUGCAGUUUGAGGGCAAUUUACCCUGCACACUUUUUACUGGGAACAAGGUUGAAGCUGAGGGGUCUUCACCUAUUAAGGUACUGCUACUCGACGCAGUUUCUGGGCAUCUAAUUACAGACGGUCCCUUGUCAUCGAAAAGGGUUGAAAUUGUGGUUGUUCAGGGUCAUUUCAAGGCCGAGCAACUAGAGAAAUGGACAAAGAGCGACUUCUGUAAACAUAUAGUAUCUAAGAGAAGUAACAAAGGAUCAUUGUUGGUUGGGCAAUAUGUGACUGCUUUACACAAUGGAAUUGGUUUUGUUAAUAACAUUUGCUUCAUGGAUAAUUCUAGUUGGGAUAGAAGCAAGAAGUUUAGGUUGGGGGCUAGAGUAGUGGCCGAAGAUGACCGAGUGAGGGAAGCAGUGAGUAAUGCUUUCCGAGUGAAAGAUCGUCGUGGAGAGAUCUAUCAGAAGCAUCACAUUCCAUCUUUAGACGAUGAAGUUUGGCGUUUGUAUUGGAUAGCAAAAGACGGGAAGAUCUGCAGAAAAUUGGAAGAAAAUCAGAUAUAUAAAACAGUAGAAUUUGGACAACAACUUUAUUUGAUAUGUGUAUAUUGUAGAUUGUCAAGGUAUCGCGAAAGAAGUGGAAGGAAAUUGUUGAUAAAAAUCAUUCAACAUGCUAAUUCCUGUUUUACAGAAAGUGAUGUUUGCACAAAUCUGAAUAACUCGGCUCAAAUUAACAUCCCUAUUGGUGGUACCAUCAACCCAAACACUGUUCCAUGUUCGAGUCUGCAGCAAUUUUGUGUCAAUGAUCAACAGGUGAUCCAAAUGCCAGAGUCCAAAGCAGGGGAGUAUAGCCAUCAGCUAGGUGACCAUUCCAUGGGUUUGGACAAUUCCUUGCUCGAAAAUUUAUUUAUUGGUUCACCGAAAGAUGUCUGCCUUCCACCUCUAAGUUACAAUAUGCCACCACCUUCCACCACUAUGCUCGACGGCCAGGCCUCAAGUUGGCAUCCUGACCAAUUACUAAGGGAAGAAGGCAUAGGGAUGCUCUCUUCUAUCCCUGGCGUGUCUGCUGAUGCUUCAGAGAACACGAACCCUGAAGCUGGUUUGGAGGAUAUUGGUUAAGCAUGAUGAAGGUGUUAUGAAUUCGCGAUUGUUUCAGUGUGUUAGGGUCAGUAUGAUACUUAGCCUGGCCUUAAGUAUUUGGAAAGGCAGGAGGCAAGGAAGUUAAGGGCUUGAAAUCGAGUUUUACCUUUUCUUAGCUAAUUUUCAUACUGCAUUUUGGUAUGGUUGUAUCAAGGCAGGAGUAUAAAUUAUGGCACAUAAAACAUGCUCUAUGUUUAAGAAUCCAGUUGUUCACUACGUCACUGUCUUAGUAACUUAGUUUAUAUGCCUCCUUCAAAAAAAAAAAUGAAAGAAAGAAAAAAGUUCUUAGUAUAUAUGCCCGAGACAAAUUUAAUGUGUAAUUUGACCAUAAAUAGGUCAUAGAUAGUGUUAAUGAGCACAUCUAGUUUGUGAACUCUUUGAGCUUAAUUCAAAAUUUUAAUGGGGGAACACACCAAAACUUUGAAAUUUUAAUGGCCGAACAUGUCAAAGCUCAGCUUAAGAAUCUCGUGAACAAGCUUGAUUUCUGUUAUAUUAUUUUAUUCUAUAUAUUACACAAGUAACAUCUAACUUAAAUUAAGAGUGAA